AUGCUCCAAGUAACUCCCGAAGGCCUCGUUCCAACAAUUAUUUAUAUACAACAACAGAUUGGCGGAGAACAGGCUCUUCGUGAGACGACCAUUGAAAGUCUAGGAAUUCGGGGCCCAGUUCUGUUUAAGCUAGACCAUAGACCACCACCGCCCCCGUCUAACAAGUCGGCUAAACUUACUGCUUCAGCCCAAUCUUCAGUUGCAACCGUUCCCACCUCCACCGCUAGUCAACUUACCUACAGUCAACACCUCCCUCAGGGCGAAUCUGCUUCCAUCAUAUUCCCUCCAGAGGCCGGUGGAAGCCUCAGCAAUGAACCCUUCUCCAUCUUCGGCACUCGUCCUGCUCGUUCCAUAUUUGACUCCAGCGCGCCUGCUCAACGCAAGUAUGAGAGGCCCUUAACUAUUGGAGAAUUGAUUGGAGUGAAUUUAGAACCCGAUGACGAAACGACCUCCCAGCGAGCUACAGUACCGGAACACCUCCGCAAUUUUAGGUUUCCAACUGAAACCGAGGGGCAGAAUUUGAUGGACACCGAUGAUACACCGGGGACUUCUAACUACGGGUGUUCUCCGUGUGAACGUGAGGACUUGAUCUUUCAGAGAAUCACCACAGAAACAAUCGACACUGGCCCAGAGCUGCCGGACGAAUUUUUCCAACUCACGGAGAACGAACUGCGCCGGAUUAUUGCCGACCUUCGGAAAGCUGCGGGUACAGAUGCUGUUCUUGGCGAACAAAACAUCCAGAGUGCUGCGAGGAGGCGACUCUACUCACGUUACCCUCGGUGUAUCAUCAAGUUCAUCUGGUCCGACGAUGUUGUUCUCCAGGCGUGCUUCAAACCACUGGAAAAUGUAUCAGCUCUCUACGAAUUUAUUCGGGACCGGCUUGCUGACACAUCGGUCGACUUUCAGCUGUGUAUGUUUCCAACACAUUUGGGUUUUCUUAGUUUUCUUGAAUUUUAUCGCAAACUUGUCUUCUUUCUUCUUACUACAGUCACAACCCCUCCAAGAGUCAACCUCUCUAAUAUGUCCCACUCUCUCAUAGAGGCGCAGCUUUUUCCCAUGGCUAUCGUUCAUAUGACAACGCGCAACGGGUCUCCCAAGGCUCGAGACAUACUGCGUCCCGACGUUCUUGAAGCCAUUAACACCAAGUCUGCAGCCCAAGCCAAUGAAAUAACAUCAAAAUGGAACUUUGCCACAAUUCUUCGUAUUUUCUCCGUGCUUCCGUGGUCCAUAUUGGUGUUGAUCAACCCCAUUGAUAUAGUUUGA